CUAGCCACGAAUUUUGGCGCAAAAUUCAUCCAUGUAUUUGGCUGUAUUAUAUAGGUCUAUCUAUUCGACAAGAAAAGAUACAAUAUUGUGGUUCAUUUUACCAUGACGUUUGUCAAUCUGCUGUUGAAGAAUACAGGCAGGGUUAAUUUCGUUCGAUUUUCUCACAUAAGUCGCUCAGUAAUUAUUCUUUCAUACUUUUAAUCCAUUUUACUCAUCAUGAAGGUAACACUUAGUAAAUUUGAAGACAAAACCCUAGAUUAUGAUAAAUUGGAACACAAUCUAAAUAUAGUGAAAGAUCGACUUGGACAUCCGUUAACACUAGCCGAGAAAGUGUUGUAUUCUCAUCUUGACAACCCAAAAACUGCAAAUAUUGAAAGAGGUAAAAGCUAUCUCAUGCUUAGGCCCGAUCGUGUUGCAAUGCAAGAUGCUACAGCACAGAUGGCUCUAUUACAGUUUAUUAGCAGUGGUCUUCCACGUGUCGCUGUACCUUCAACUGUCCACUGUGAUCAUCUUAUUGAGGCUAAAGAUGGUGCAGGAACAGAUCUUAAUCGUGCGAAUGAUACCAACAAGGAGGUUUACGAAUUUCUUGCAUCUGCUUCGGCUAAAUAUGGGAUUGGAUUUUGGAAGCCUGGAUCAGGAAUAAUUCACCAGAUUGUUUUAGAGAACUAUGCAUUUCCUGGUGCAUUAAUCAUUGGCACCGACAGUCAUACACCUAAUGGUGGCGGACUUGGUGGUUUGUGUAUUGGUGUUGGUGGUGCAGAUGCUGUGGAUGUAAUGGCUAAUUUACCAUGGGAGUUGAAGGCCCCAUUAGUGAUUGGCGUACAUCUAACAGGUAAAUUAUCUGGUUGGACAAGUCCAAAAGAUAUCAUAUUAAAGGUAGCUGAAAUCCUAACAGUGAAAGGUGGAACUGGAGCCAUCGUUGAAUAUUAUGGUCCUGGUGUUGAAUCGAUUUCAUGCACCGGUAUGGCUACAAUUUGUAAUAUGGGCGCUGAGAUCGGUGCUACAACAUCAAUUUUUCCAUUUAACGAUCGAAUGCUGGAUUAUUUACGUGCUACGAAUAGAGCGGAUAUAGGAGAUUUAGCUUCGAAGCAUAAGGCUUCUUUACUUACAUCAGAUGUAAAUUGUAAAUAUGAUAAAAUAAUUGAAAUAAAUUUGGAUACCCUAGAACCACAUAUAAAUGGUCCGUUCACACCAGAUCUGGCACAUCCAAUUUCACAACUAUCCAGUCAUGCAUCCAAAGCAGGUUGGCCGCUGCAUAUCAGUGCUGGACUUAUCGGUUCCUGUACCAAUUCAUCUUAUGAAGAUAUGGCACGUGCUGCCAGUUUAGCUCGUCAAGCUUUAGAUAAAGGUGUUAAAAUUAAAUCACAAUUCUUUAUAACACCUGGUAGUGAACAAAUUCGUGCAACUAUUGAACGUGACGGUAUCACGAAAAUAUUUCAAUCUAUUGGUGGUGUAGUAUUAGCUAAUGCAUGUGGUCCAUGUAUUGGUCAGUGGUCUAGAAAGGAUACAAAGAAAGGUGAUAAAAAUACGAUUGUUUCAUCGUACAAUCGUAAUUUCACUGGUCGUAAUGAUGCUAAUCCAGCUACACAUGCAUUUGUUACUUCACCGGAAUUAGUCACAGCUUUAGUAUUCGGUGGCAGUUUAUCAUUUAAUCCAUUGACAGAUGAACUAGUUGCAGAUGAUGGAUCAAAAUUUAAAUUUAAACCACCAACAGGCGAUACACUACCGAAGAAAGGUUUUGAUCCUGGUCAAGAUACAUAUCAACCACCGGUGACAGAUACUUCCAAAAUCACAGUUAAAGUUGAUCCGUCAAGUCAACGUUUACAAUUACUUAGUCCAUUUAAGAAAUGGGAUGGUAAAGAUUUAACUGAAAUGCCAAUAUUAAUUAAAAUUAAAGGAAAAUGUACUACAGAUCAUAUUUCAGCUGCUGGGCAAUGGUUAAAAUAUCGAGGCCAUUUGGAUAAUAUUUCAAAUAAUUUGUUCAUUGGAGCUAUUAAUGAAGAGAAUAAUGAAAUGAAUAAAGUAUUACAUCGUCCAUCUGGUCAGUGGGAUACUGUUCCAAUGGUAGCUAGAAGAUAUAAAACGGACGGUAUCAAUUGGUGCGUUAUCGGUGAUGAGAAUUAUGGUGAAGGAAGUAGUCGAGAACACGCUGCCCUGGAGCCUAGACAUUUAGGUGGUCGUGCAAUUAUUGUGAAAAGUUUUGCACGUAUACAUGAGACAAAUUUGAAAAAACAAGGAAUGCUUCCAUUGACAUUUGCAAACCCAUCAGAUUAUGAUAAAAUUAAACCGUCAGAUAAAAUUUCCCUGUUAGAUUUGAAAAAUCUUCAACCUGGCAAACCUGUUCGUUGUGUAAUCCACCAUGAAAAUGGUAAAACUGAAGAAGUUCAAUUAUUGCAUACAUUUAAUGAGAAUCAAAUUGAAUGGUUCAAAGCUGGAAGUGCUUUAAAUCGAAUGCGUGAAUUAGGCAGUAAACAACAUUAA